AUGCUUGAAGAUUUGCAAACUGCUCCAGAAUGUAUAACAUUACAUCCAGCAUUUGGAACUGUCUGCCUUGAUAGAUGGUCAUUAAGGUUAGCAGCUGGGAAGUACAGGACCAUUGACAAAAAGCGUUAUCUACAAACUGGUUCAGAUGAGGCGUAA